AGCUGAUUUGUGUUAUACAUAUUAAAUUUUGCAAAAUUUUACAUGAUUUAAGCAUUUUUUAUUUGUGUUAGAGAAGGCAAUCUGGUCCAUUCGUUAAAAUGGAUGUGGAUAGUGACGAAGAACAGCAGCUUAACGAUAUAGCGCAGCUAAAUGCCGUUCUAGCACAAGACGACGAGCCUUCUAUUCUUUUAGGAUCGUUAAGCGGCAGCGUAAGCUCACUACACUCUCGAUCCCUUACCAGCACUUCCACUGCCAGCGCAGCUCAGGAACAUGCACGAAUUGACUCAGCCUUAGCCCUUAACAAGCUUCUAGACGAAAAACUAAGAAGACUCGAAUCCGUACUCGUCGGCCGCUUACAUGAAUGUAGACAAAACUUAAAUGAUCUGCACAAGCUAGCAGGCCCUGCAGAGAAAGACCGGCAAGAAACCUUCCGCUAUAUAAACUGUGGUAAGCCAUAUUUCAAAGACAAAUCAAAUUUUCCAGCUCCUGACAAUGAAGACACUAUAAUUAUGAAAAAAAGCAACAUGUACGACUUCUCUGAGAUUACUUCAGUGCCUGGCUGGACUGCAAAAGACAAAGUCAGUCUGAAUAAACUUCUUCUUGAAAUGUCAAUUAAUAUUAAAAAGAAAGAGUUGAAUUCAAAGAUUGCACAGCUGAAGCGAGAGAAUAAAGAUAAAUGGUCAAGGAAACUAGAGAGGCAAGUAGAUGCUAUCAAUAAAGAGAUCAGUAAUUUAGGAAAGAAAACUUUAAAAGAUUUAGCAUUGCCAAUUGACCAGGAGUAUGACUGGGAAAUUAUUGCAAAUAAAUUAAAUAAAAGACACAGCGCUGCGGAGUACAGGAUACUAUGGAAAGAAUUUUUGCAUCCUAACAUCAACAAAGAGCCAUGGUCAAUGGAAGAACAUGCCCACUUUCAAGAAAUUGUAGCCAAGUUUAACUUUCAAGACUGGGCUGCCAUUGCUAAAGAACUGAACACUGGCAGGACAGCUUAUCAAGUCUUUGUUUACUACAGAACCAACAUGAGCAAUACAUCAUGUGGUAAGAAAUGGACAAAGGAGGAGGAACAGUUUCUUCAGCGAUUGAUUGCAUAUUAUAAAGAGGAAGAUUACAUACCCUGGGGCAAAGUAGCUUCCUCUAUGGAGAACAGGACAAAGAUACAAAUUUAUAACAAGUAUUUCCGACUUGUCGAGAAACGGAAAGGUAGGUUCCUACCAGAAGAGGAUGCUGUUAUAUUGACAUGUCUUGAUAAGUUUGGACCAAACUUCAAGAAAAUGUCAGAGUAUCUACCGGGCCGUUCGGCAACUCAAAUUCGUGUCCGAUACCAAGUUUUAGCCAAAAAGCGGAUCUCUGCUGUCUGGACAGUCCAGGAAGAUAGGCAGCUGCUUCAACUAAUGGCCAAUGAGGAAUGUCUAACUAACUACUCUAGCGUCACCAAGCACUUCCCUGAUAAAACCCGAGUGCACUUGAGAGCUAGAUAUGCUACAUUAUUAAAAUGGAUGAAAAAACAUCCAAACUCGUCACUUGAAAAUGCACCCAGAAGAGGUGCUCGACGCCUCGGUCACGGCCUAGCCUCUGACAAUCUCAACAAAGCUACUGAGGUACUAAAGAAGAGAAUAGAAACCGAAAUUGAUAACAGAAAAAGCAAAAGAAUCACGAGGGAAUCACCACUUGAAGUAAUAGAAGAUGCUAUUGUAGCUAAUCUUUUAACUGAGCACGUUAAACAGGAGGAAGAAAGAAAACAAUAUGAAAUCUAUGAUGAAGAUGAACUAUUUGUUUUUGAUUCUAAUGCUGUUGUAUCAGUACAUAGUCUAAAUGUGUCAAACCUGCAAAAAAUCAUGAUUUUCUUGAGAGCAAAGUUGAAGCAGGACCUUUUCAAAAAAAGCUCAUAUGCUGAAAAGUACCCUGGCUUGCUAGACACGCAGCAGGAGGUAAACCUAUUUCAAGUGAAGAGUUACUCGAGAAAACAACAAACAAACGUCGUAAAGUUCACUGAUGCACCAGACCUGUGGGGUAACAACACGUUAGGCAAUGUGACAUAUGUACUCCCACCACACUAUGCAACAAUAACAGGAUGCAGGAAGCUUAUGGCUCACAUUAAUACAAAAACCAAAGAAAACGCUUUAAAACCAGAGUCAAAUAUCAAUCUGAAUCAUUUGAUUCGAAGAAAUACAGUCUUUAAACAGCAAAUGUUUCUUUUUAUGGAGAGGUUUAAUUCUCUGUUUCUGUAUUCCAUGCUGCUGUCGAAUGAGGGCCCUGAGCGAGUGGGGACAAUGGCCUUGACAGAUUAUCAACAUACGACUGAUACAAGUAGAGCUCAUCUCAAUGACAUCUCUAGCAUAAGCAUUCCCGGUCCAUCUCAACCGUUCUGCGGUGGCAGAGUCAAAUUGGAUUCAUUUAGCGAUACUAAUAUGAGUAUUGACUUGCCUGAGCCUGCUGAUGUUCAAAAGGAUCAAUAUUGUGUGCAGAAAGUUGUGGUUGGUGACCAGGUUAGGUAUAUUGCUGAAGAUGAAUCUAAGAUUUCUAAGGUGUCUAAGAAGAGAAAAAUACCAUAUGUGUGCACUUAGAAUUGAAAUUCUAAAUAAUAGAAUUUGAAGAAUGUGAUUUAUAGGAAAGGACAUUUUGAAUAAUAUAACUAUUUGAAGGACGGUGACCUAAAACAGUAUUGUGAUGGUUCUUAGUUUAUUUCAUCUAUUGUAAUACUAAUAAUAAGUUAUUUUAGUUUUUAUAUAAUUGCCUAGGCAAUGAAUACCAUUUAGAUUUAGCAUUUAAGAUGUAAAAUUAUUUAAGUAUUCUUGCCCAAUAAAUGUUAGCAGGAUAA